GUAGGUCGAUCUUCACCAUGAGAAACUGUACGGUUCUGGUUCAAAGUCAAGGUUCACGAAGCAGUUGAUCUUCACCCCAUCUAAGUACUUAGUUUGUCUGACGACCUAUUUACUAGCCACCAAAGGUACAGGCCUUUUCGAUCUCGUGCCUGGGCAGAUUAGUCGUUUCAAAAACCAUCUCUCCACUGGUAAAAAUGAGUUGAAAUUUGAAUUUCUAUUCAACUGCGAAUUAUCUGGACACUUGCAACAUAUGAAAUGACAACAUCUCUCGAGGAUCGAAGUGCGGGUUACUACGCCGCAGCUUGGGACAAGCAGUACGUUGAGGGACCCCACAAAACAGAGAAUUUCGAAUGGCACUUGCCGUGGACGUCCCUGCGAACUCUCCUCGCACCCUACUUCCGUGAGUACCUCUUUUCGAGCCAACAUGGGGCAGGAAGAGGACCCAAAACCUCCACUGACCGGGAGCAAGGUCGUCACGUAGCGAUUUUCGAUGUAGGAUGCGGCAGUAGUGCUAUGAGCCUAGAGAUCGCACAAGAGUAUCCAUCACAAAUUUCUCAUGUGGCAUUGCUCGAUGUCUCCGAGCAUAUGGUGAAUUUGUUGAGGAGCCGCCUUGGCCUAUUUUGCGAUGGGGAUGUCAAAGAAGGGGAAGAACCAUUACAACUACUGCAGGAGAAGAAGGACCACCUCCACUAUGGUACAGC